GGCGAGGGUGCGCGCGUGUGUGUGUUGCAUGCUGUGAUGAGCCUGAGCUCCAAGCAGCCACCAGACUUGGUCCCCAGUCCGGUGAAUGACAUCAGCCAGCUACGAUGGGACCAGGCGACCUUUCUCGGACGACUCAACCACUUCUCUCGAAUCACGGACCCUCGUCUGCUGCUAAAGUCUCGACGAGACGUGGGGGCAGCCCAGCACCUAUACCACCUGGCAAAGGAAGGCCAUGUUCCACGUGGAACUACUCAGACCCAGCUCUACCAUGCCCAGACCCUCUACCACUCUGCAGUUCACCCCGACAGUGAUGGAAUCAUGCACCCAAUGGGCAGGAUGAGUGCUCAGGUCCCCUUUGGGAUGGUCAUCACAGGCAUACUGCUAGCUCUUUACAAGACAACUCCACAGGUUAUGUUUGCUCAGUUCAUCAACCAGACCUUCAAUGCAUUUGUCAACUACACCAACAGAAAUGCCAAGUCCCAGACCACUAAUCAGCAGAUUGGUAUAUCGUAUGUUGGUGCAAUGACUGGGGCUGUUGGAGUAUCUGUCAUUGCUAAUAAACUAGUCAAGGGGGCUCCACCUCUGGUGGGUAGGUUUGUUCCUUUCCUGGCUGUGGCAACUGCCAACUGCAUCAACAUACCCAUGAUGAGACAGGGGGAGAUAUCAAAUGGUGUGAUAGUCCUGGACAAAGAUGGACAUCAGCUGGGAGAAUCCAAAGUCCGAGACACCCCUUAAUUCUCUUAUCUUCUCUUCUCUCUUCUGUCUUGUCUGCUUCUCUUCUCUCUUUCUCAUAGAGGAUAGGCAUUAUACUACGGUUGUUGCUUUAUUUCCGGACAGAAAGCUGCAGCAAAAGGAAUAACUCAGGUGUGUCUAUCCAGAAUCACCAUGGCUGUUCCAGGAAUGUUGUUAUCACCUGUCAUUAUGGAGCGACUGGAACGCUACAAGUUCUUCAGGGUAGGUUUAAAAUUAUUAAUGGUCGCUUUUUCAAAGGCUAUAUUGUAAUAGUACAGUAGCUGUACUUCCAAGUUCAUCCACAGUUUUCUCUUAUGGCCCCAGAGAGGAUUAGUGUUCUCUACAGGGAUCCAAACCUUACUGUGUGGAAUUAGUCUCAUAGUCAUGGUUCCUGUCGGAUGUGCCCUCUUCCCCCAGACAAGCUCCAUACAGGUGGCCAAUCUGGAGAAACCCCUCAGAGACAAGAUUCAACACUCAUCACCGUCCACUAAAGUUGUCUACUUUAAUAAAGGUCUAUAGUGUCAGAUUGCCUUCUCAAUAAUAUUUAUUGCGGGAAAUAAUUAUUGUUGACUUACAAAACUGAAAAAAAAUUGUUGUAAACUUCAAGUGCCCCUUGAGGUAAAGUAGGCACCCAUGAUUGAGCAUGUGCAAUUAGUACAUUGUCUAGUGCAAAUGAAUCAGCUCUAGUGAGAUUACCGGAUCAAGUGAGAGAAGCACAACUCGCCAUGGAGCUGGCUGCUUACAUCGUCUUCACCAGGUUGGUCCGUCGUCCGAUGUAGAAACCCAAGCCAAACAGUGCCAGAUGUGUGAGUACCAGAACCGGGACCAACAAGUUUGCCACACCCCCUUCGAGGAGCCAGGACAGUCCUCUUAGUCUAGAGCUUGAAUGUAGUCCACUGUGUGAGUGUAAUGUGGAGUGUUGUGUAGGGGAGGGGGUGAAGUAUGUCAAUCACUGGUAUAUAAAGGAGAGUGGGUG